GUAGCUUGCCGGAGGAGAAGGAAGAAGACCUAGGAGGAGGCAGUUUGCGAAAUAGGUACAUGACUCUGCAUUCUCGUGGGCUCUUGUUUACUCUAUUUUCUCUUUCUCGCCGUCGCCUUUCCUCUUCCCUCUCUGGCGUUCCCCCCCUCAUCUCUCCCCAUCUAUCUAUCCCACCUCACCCGUUAGGUUGUUUCCUCUUCUCUUCUUCCAAAAAAAGAGAAAAAAGUGCGAGAGAAAGGUCUCUGCAGCUUGGCCAACCUCUGUCUCAGCUCCUUUCGAAUACCUGCAUACCAUCCAUCUCACCGCAUUGGUUGCCAGCCAGCCUUCCACACCCUCAUCGCACUAUUCCAGCCGACAUUCACAACCCUCACUGGGCGCCGCAUCGAAGUCUUGUUGGAACCGAGAGCCAAUGUCGACGUCUUCCGCAAGCCAUCGUCUUCACGUGCUGCCUUGCUCUCCCCAUUGGGACGGUUGUUUGUUCUCCUCUGCCUGCCGCUCACCAGCUUCUCGAUCGGUUAUUAUGCUGUCUUUGCCUCUCGUCUGUAUGCCCAAUACCCCUCACUUUUCUUUCGUCGCGAGCGGUCAGUCUCGUUAUACGACCCUGGACGAAACAGCCUUCCCAUGACCUCCCUCUACCUACAGCCCAUAUACAACAUCUACGACAACAUCUCCUCGCAAAGUCACAGCCUCAAGUCUGCCUAGGUAGCUCCUCGUGGCACCAGUCCGGCCGCACUAGCUGCGAGGCCGUUGGCUGUCAUGUCUGAUCAGGUCAAGCCCCAGCCGUUGCGGCCUCUACUCCCGGCACCAAAAGCCUCGCAGCCUGCUUCUCCUUCUCUUCCUCCAGCACGCUUCCUUCCAGCUCAAUCAUCAGUCAAGAAGCGUCUGCCGAGUACCAAGGUUGCUUGUAACGCUUGUCGGUCCAAGAAAAAAGCAUGUGACGGUAAACGCCCUUCGUGUAAGGCGUGUACAGAACUGAAGACACAAUGUGUCUACAUCAGCGCUAAUGAGACGGAGACAGCCGCUAUGGCUUUAAAGAGGGAAAAUCAAAUGCUUCGAGAAAUGUUGAGCCAGCUCACGGCAAUGCCGGAUGAUGUUGCCCACCAGACAUUGAAGAAGCUCAAGUUCGCCGUCGACCCUUACGCUGCUCUUCGCGCCAUAAGGCCGUCGGGGCCAAGAGAUGCCCGGGAGAUCCUGCCUCAUAUCUCGUCCAAUGUCGAGUUUGAACUCACGCGACGCCAUCCCAUCUUGUAUCCCCAGACUCGGAGAUUAGGUCGUCUCGAGAUGCCCGAGGAUGUCGACUCUAGGCCUUCCAAACUCGCUCGGGUUGAGGACGUGUCCGAAGAGGCUUCAAUUCUCGAGGACCGUCAAGCACCGGAAUACCCUACUGUGGCUGAAAUCCUGGAAGAUGAUCCCUCUACAGCCUCUCCAAGGCCUUCUCGAACAUUUGACUCGGCAUUCUUUGUUCCACCAAUGGGCCCUAUUCCCCCGCCGACGCCGCGCAUUCGCAACGAGCCUCGCCUGAAAGAUUUGAACAUCGCCUUCUGGACCGUAGUGCCCAUCAGUAAUCAGGACGCAGCAGAAGUCAUCUCUCUAUAUCUCGAAACAGAUCAUCCGAUCUUGGGCUUGUUUGAUGCUGAUCUGUUCCUGGACGACUUGGUCUCCGGAGAAGUUCGGUACUGCUCUUCACUGCUCGUCAAUGCUCUGCUUGCUUUCGCUUGUCAAGCGUAUGCGGCAAAGCAACCUGAAGCGUCUCGGUGGAGUCAAGAACUGGAGGACGAGUCAAAUAAGCUCUGGCAUGCGCAAAACGAUGAUACCCUGCCUACCAUUGCAGCUUUGACCUUCUUGAUCCAGUCCAGCGGCUGCAAUGGCAAUGGCGAACUCAAUGUCAAGUUCGUCAAAGAUACAGUAGCUAUGGCGAAACGUCUGAGACUCUUUGGGUGUCCCGAUGCAUAUACCUUCGUAGACUUAAAUCGUCUCUCAGAACCACAGGCGAGGGCAACAGCUCAAGUUGCCUGGGGAGUUUUCAAUACUUUAAGUAUGACAGCCCAAUUCUGUUUACCAGCGACUACUGAGUACCCUCCGACUCUUCCCAUCCCAGGCAAAGCUAGGCUAGGGAAAUCAACGACCGGGUCUGAGCACGAGCAUAACAGCAGCGCGAAUAGUACAGCGCCCUCGUCAGACUCGGAUGCUCGUUCCCAGUCUCGAAAUCGCACCAAGAGACGGCGAUCUCCUGCCAUAUCAGACACUUUCGCCGCCUUUUGCGAAUUAUGGGUCAUUUCCUCGCAAAUCACUUGGGUUUACCAGCAUGAUACAAGUCCGGGUCAUUCAUCCCAGGCUUUUGCACUGGAAAAGUACAGUAAACUACUGUCUUGGGCAGAUAAUUUGUCUGAAAGUAUGGAACGUGACGAGCACAGCCCAUCUCAUGUGCUUACCUGCCACAUGUGGUUCCACGGGACUGUGCUCUACCUCUUCAGGCCGUUCAUCCCAAGCGACAAACAGCAUGGCUUCAAAGUCUGGUCACCGUCAGCCGACCAGAUACCUGCCUUUUUCGCGGCCUCCGUCGAGCAACUCAAAGACCUCGUCGAGGUGUACGCGUUGUACCCGGAAUCGACGUACAGCAUCUUUGGGCACACUGCUCUCAUCCAUGUAGCCAACGCCGUAGCUAGCGACAUAACGAAUCCAGAGUGGCGACCCUACUUUCUUAGCUGCAUCCGCGCCUACCAGGCCCUGUACAGCUCGUUUACCGUUGCCGAAGUGAUUGCCGGGGGUCUCCUUUCCAUGGUCGUCAGAAAGGGAGGCAUGGACAUGACGGAAGCCCUAGGACUGCUGGAGGACCUCAGAUCUCGCAAGGGACCCAGGGCGGGCGGCCGGGCGACUGGCAUGUUUGUGACUGAUCUCGACCUCGCCGUGACGGACCGCGAGGCGGCGAGGGUUGAUCGCUUGAUUGAGAACUUUGAAGAGAUGACCAUCUUGGAUGAAUUUACUCAAGGUGUCAUUUGAGGUGUGGGAUGAGGGCAUUCCUUACUACCGUUUCCCUUGCCUGUUGAUGUGCAUACUAUGGGAGGUCUCUUGGGGAAGGGCCGGUUUUGUUUGAUGAUUUGAAUUUUCAUGACGCACAUGCUGUAAUGACGAGCCAUCAAGACUUUAUAUCUUCACCACGAUGCGGGUGUAAUUAAUAUGCAAU